CUCCUCUGUGACUCGGUGUUCAGCCCGUGACUUCCUGAUUUGCAUCAAUGUAACGUAAGGCAUGGAUGAGAAAAGCUUUGAAAAGCAAAUAUGUGUCUGAUCGCACGCUGAACGAGUUUGUUUACGUGUACUUUUUCUUUAUUUCCAAAAGAGAACGAUCGAAAGAAAAAGAUCCAAAGGGGACUGGUGAUACGUCGCGUUGAAUGGCAAUUAUUCAAAAACACGGAAAGAACUCUUGUCCACAACUGGUCUGCAAUAAGGAAACCCAUCCACAUGACAAGAGCGGGGUCUCUGGAAGUCAGAAGAAGUGGCCCGAACAGAAUGCCCAUUGGUCAAGACCCCUGGCGCGGACAUGGACCGUUGUCCUGCUGUUUGGGACGUGCCUGCUGUACUGUGCCCGUGUGGCAAUGCCCAUCUGCUCCGUCAGCAUGGCACAACAGUUCAACUGGACCAAGAGGGAGUCAGGCAUGGUGCUGGGCAGUUUCUUCUGGGGCUACUGCUUUACACAAGUCCUCGGGGGAUAUGUUAGCGACAGGGUUGGAGGGGAGAAGGUCCUACUCCUGUCUGCCGCAGCCUGGGGGGCUAUGACCGCCUUCACACCGGUGCUGGCCCACUUCUGUUCUCAGCCCAUCUUCUCCAUGACCCUGGCUCGUUUCCUCAUGGGACUGCUUCAAGGGGUACAUUAUCCUUCUCUGGCAAGCUUGUGCUCUCAGAAGGUAGUGGAAAGUGAGCGAGGUUUUCUGAUGAGCACCGUGGGCAGUGGCUCCUACUUGGGCACGUUGAUCAUUGGAGGGGCGGGCUCUCUGAUGCUGGACGUGUAUGGCUGGGAGAGUGUGUUCUACCUGACAGGCCUCCUCUCUGUCCUAUGGGCAUACUGCAUGUGGAAGUGUCUACUUAAAGGGGAAGGUCCGAUUAUCACACUGGAGUCCCUUGGAAGUGGUGGAUCUCAGUCCAAACUGACCAAGAGACACUGGCUGCGCCUCUUCAAACAACCGGCUGUGUGUGCGGUGAUUGUUGCUCACCUCUGCACAGCGAGCACCUUCUUCACUCUGUUGUCGUGGCUUCCGACUUUCUUUAAGGACACGUUCCCUGAUGCAAAGGGAUGGGUGUUCAAUGUCAUUCCAUGGUUGGUGGCCAUUCCCUCUUCUCUCCUCAGCGGAUGUCUCUCUGACCACCUCAUCUGUAAAGGUUUCGAUACAGCCUCUGUGAGGAAGUUAAUGCAGUUUUUUUCCAUGGGCGUUACCAGUGUGUUUACCAUUCUGCUUUGUGGAACAUCCACCUUUCCCUGGGCGGUUGCUUUUGUGUCAAUCACCAUGGGCCUCACAACCUUUAGCCACAGCGGGGUGUCUGUGAAUGUCCAGGAUCUGGCCCCUUCCUGUGCUGGAUCCUUGUUUGGUGUAAUGAAUACGUGUGGAGCUUUCUCAGGGGUCCUGAUGGUGUACCUCUCUGGGUACCUGAUCGAGUCGACGGGCUCCUGGGCGUCUGUGUUCUUCCUCAUCACGGUGGUCAACCUCUUCGGCCUCUUCACCUUCCUGGCCUUCGCCGAGGCGCGACGCGUGGACAUCGACUCGGCCAAGCAGCGCUACAACCACAUCCACAUCUGAUCCCCCAGAGACCACGGGGGGAACCUUCAACAGGAACCUGAGGAAGGAGAUGAGGGACAGGGUGCCAUUGGACCUGGACUCAGAAACUGGUCGGAUUGUAAUGUGUUAUCCGUGUAACCGGAGGUAUGUUGUAUUGCUGAAAUUCUAAUGGCGAGAGAAUCCUGGGGUGUUACGUUGCGUGUUUGAAUCAUUUCGGCUGAAAACACAUCCAGAUGUUACUGUCUAGUCACAUGUGUGAUGGUUCAAGACUAGAUACUUAGUCUUUUUGAAACAAUGGACACAGGAAUGUGGGAAGCGCAGUUGGGCUACAAAGGACACAGAUUUAAGUUUACUGAAAGAAAGCCUUUUUGUUGGACCUUUGUUAACAUUUGGGCAUAUGUUACUGUUGUAAUUUCAUUGCAUUUAUUUAUCCCACCACCACCACCACCAACCCCACCACCACACCCCUCCGUCACACCUCUGUUUUUUGGUGUUUGUCUGAACAAGGUUGGUCUCCAUGACAACGUGAUGGUGAUGGACAUGUCUCGUGAGGACUCUGACAGAUGUCACAGACCAAGAGGGUUUUUCCUAUACCCUGAGGGUAGUGAACCCCAUCUGGGUAUUUUUUGCGUGUGUGUGCGGCAAGGCUCUCCCACCUGUGGACUUUGUAUCAGUAAGUGACAAGCCCCCCCCCCCCCCCC